AUGAUCAUGCAUUUGUGUCGUGCUCUUCUGGUGACUGUGUUUGCAUUCCUCGCCAGCACUGAUUCUCUGUCAGCAGCAGCACACUCCGGCCAAAUAGAAAGAAGCUUGACGAAAUCGUCAACCACGGCGAUCGCUUCAGAACAGAGAUCACUGAGAUUGAACGAUAAGGCAAAUGGUAUGGUUGGCGGUGAAGAUACUAUCGAGGGAAGAGGCGGUGGCAAGCUGUCCGACUACUUUUUCGCGCUAUACUCGUGUGUUUUACGUAUAGUAAAAAAAAACUCAAUAUAG